GGGCUUACUAUUGUUGUGUUUUGUUGUUUUCCUCCUUAUGGGAGCCUGCUCUGCUCUGAUGGAAGCUUAUGCUGGGCCAUCUAGCAGAAACUCUGGUGGUUGCUAUGUUUUAUCUUUCUUCUUAAAGGGGACAUUUUUCACUCUGGUGGUGGUAUUAGCACGGUGGUGGUUUCCCUUGCUUAGCUAAUAGAGCUUUGAUUUAAAUCAGUUUAAUUUCUCGUUUCAGGAGAAAACUGCUAGUAAAUCUAAACCAGCAAAUCCACCAAGCCAAAGGAAAUGUCCUUCCUGUAAAAACCCUUUGAGAGACUCUUGGCAGAAAGCCAUGUGUAGAUCAUGUAUUAAAGACCUAGUUGAAGAGGAAUCUUAACAAAUUAAAGAAUUAUUUUCAUCUGUCAGGGAACUCUCGGACUCACUUAGUUCAGUUAAAUCCAUGCUAGUACAGAGUUCGGUCCAUACUGAGCCCCAGCAACCACCAGCAAGCCCAAGAGCUUCCACCUCCAGGCCAGUAGUGGUGGACUCUGGGGAUGAAGGGACAAGUACUCUUCCCUCACUUAUAGACUCUGAGGAAGAGGAAGAAGAGGAUGCAGGCAGAACCUCUAAAUAUAAAUUAUCCCUGGAGGAUGUGGAUGAACUUUUAGGUGCAAUCUACACUACCCUUGAUAUUCAGGAGGAAAGAGUACAACUAUCAGUCCAUGAUAAAAUGUACCAGGGUAUGGAUGACUCCAAACAUAGAGUUUUUCCUGUUCAUAAAGUGUUAUCUGACACAGUUAAGAAAGAAUGGAAAGACCCGGAAAAAGGUCCCUUCCUUCCUAAAUCUCUUAAGAGAAGAUUUCCCUUUGAAAACAAAGAAACCGAGGUUUGGAAUAAGAAACCCAGAGUGGAUGCUGCCUUUUCACAGGUUUCUAGAAGGACAGAUCUGGCCUUUGAAGACAUGGGGGUCUUGAAAGAUGCGAUGGACAAAAGAGCAGAUGCUCUCCUUAAAAAAGCUUGGGACUCCGCAUCCGCCAGCCUUAAACCAGCCAUGGCUUCCACGGUGGUAGCAAGAAACCUGGAAUGCUGGGUAGAGAAACUGAAGGGCCACAUUGAAGCAGGCACCCAUAGGAAAGACCUUUUAGACUCCUUUCCUCUAAUCCUUAAUGCAAUUAAGUACAUGGCUGAUGCAUCAGCCGAAUCAAUUAAAAUGGCAGCCAGAUCCUCAGCACUUGUCAAUUCAGCUAGGCGUGCAGUCUGGCUAAAAACGUGGUCAGGGGAUACAGCCUCAAAGAUUAAACUUUGUGGCAUCCCUUUUUCAGGGGAUUUUCUUUUUGGGCCAGACCUGGAAACAGUCUUAGAUAGAACGGCCGAUAAAAAGGCUUUCCCAGCCAAGAAGAAACAGACGUUUAAAAAGAAUUUUCGUGCUGUUCAACAACCCUACAAAAAUAGAGAAGAUGUCAACAAAAAACGUUGGAUUCCUCAAAAGGGUAGGGGAAGAGGUGGGGUUCUCUUCAGAUCUCCUCCAGAUCAAACCCCUAAAGACAAAUGACGAAACUACUCCAGUAGGGGGAAGACUGUCAUCCUUUCUCCCUCAGUGGAGUCAAAUAUCCACAAGUCCUUUCGUAAAGAACAUCAUUUCACAAGGUUACAAACUGGAAUUCUCGGAAUGUCCGCCAAGCAGGUUUUACAUUACAGCCCUUCCAAGAGACCAAGAAAAGGCUUCAGCCAUGAUGAACCUUUUACAGGAUCUGAUUCAACAAGAAGUCAUUGUCCAGGUCCCGAAACAGCAGGAGGGUCGGGGGUUUUAUUCCCAUAUAUUUCUUGUAAAAAAACCUUCAGGCAAAUACCGGUUGAUUCUGAAUCUAAAGAUCCUGAACAGAUCAAUACGGUACAAACACUUCCGUAUGGACACAAUUUACUCCAUCACAAAACUGUUGUCUCCAGGCUGCUUCAUGGCAUCCCUGGACCUAAGGGAUGCCUAUUUACAUGUGCCAAUAGCACCAGCCUCCCAAAAAUUCCUUCGCCUGGCCAUCAAUCUGGGAACAUCAGUAUGGCAUCUCCAAUUCAGGGCCCUACCAUUUGGCCUGUCAUCUUCCCCCAGAGUUUUCACAAAGAUUAUGGCGGAAGCCCUGGAGCCUCUAAAACUGAGAGGGAUCUCGGUCGCGCCAUACCUGGACGACCUAUUAUUCUUCGCAGAUUCCAGGGAUCAGCUUGUGACGAACCUCCAAACGUCACAGACUCAUCUCAAAAAUCUAGGUUGGAUU